AUGACCUCCAGCGUUAGGCCUCCCCAGCCUCUAGGCGUCGAGCUGUGGCCCCCAGUGGUCGGUACAACCAGCAGAGGGAGACCACGCUUCGUUAUCACUGUCGGGAGCACGAACGCUGCUGAGCUCGCCGAGCUCGUCCGACGAAUCAGAAAUUGCAAGGGAUCCGAAGCCUGCAGAAGGAUCCAAGAAGACGUUCAAAUGCUGAACCACCCAGAGCAGCUCACCGGAUGGGUCGAUUCCAUGCUACCGGUCAUAUACGCUGCGCUCACCCAGCCUUACGUCCCGACCAUCGACAUCACCAGUGACGUUACCGCCUUCGAUUUCGGAGCUGCCCCCUGGGUCGAGUACAACUUCGAAAACGGAAAGCAGCAGAGCUUCACUCAGGCUUUUGAUCUCUUCGGGGUAUCGCGCAAGGCGGCGGACGAAGGUCUGAUGAGCUACCUGGACGCCGGACGGGCCGCGGUGUAUGCCGAAUAUGCUCCAUUCCACGAACCGCGCCGCCCAAUCUCCACAGGUGUCGCUCCGGUCUAUGCUGUUUUCGCGGGUCCGAGAGCAACCCAAGUCGACGGGGAGCGACUCAAUGCCUCUCUUUCAUCGAUCGGUUGGGACGUCGCAAACCCGACAAGCCUUCGUACUGUGAGCCUUGUGAAGAGGUACCCGGUCGACAGAUGGAAGGAGAGUCUCCUCGAAGCGCUGUCAGAGCAAGGAAUCACGCUCGAGUCGUGGACUCUUUCGACGAGGCAAUUAACGAUGCUACAGGCGCUUCCGGCUGAUGAGGGGUACAAAGGCGUGACCAGUGUCGGACCGCCCGGCUCCGUGUGGAAAGAUGGGGGCUUCGAGUGGCUGGGACCGUACCAUGUUGAGGGUAUACUCAUCCUAGCUGUCUCUGUCAAUCGACACCUUGUUAGAUCUCGAGGUAUUGCCGGAGAAUGGCCAGGAUGGCGUAGAGACGAUCUGGCGGGGCUACGACCGAGCUUACUGGAUGAGGGAGUACAGAUAGGAACUCCUCAGCACUCCGCUGCCUCGCUUCAAUGA